AUGGGCUCGCUAGUAAGGGAUGCCCUGGGAGGGUCUGGGUCCUGGGUCUUGGUCUGGGUCUCGCAGACUGGAACCCAUGCCAAGUGGUGUAAGUGGUCCUUUGGUGAAUGGAGGAACUUCUUGAGUGGGCGAGUGGAUGAUGGAUGGGUGCAAUGA